AACUUAUUAUCACGAGAGAUAAUUGUCCGUCACAGCAUGUGAUAUCCUUCUCCAGUUCUUACUAGAAUUUUCCUAUUAUUAUAUUUGCAGAAGUAGAAACUGGAAACUCAAGAAGAAGAAGAAGAAACAAUCAGCUGUACGUGUGCAGGGUAUGGCCCAGUUUUCGCGUAAUGCGUUGUCACCCAUUUCUCAAUAAUAAGCUUAUAACAAGAUCGAGUAUAGAACCCAGAAGAAACGAAAUCAAGAAAAGAGAGAAGAAGUGUAGAGGGGAGAUCUCUCCCUUUCAUGAUAUAUAAUAAACAGAGGACAUGAAUUGGUUUUCUGUAAUUCUCUUCUUCCUCUUGUUGAUGGUUGUCUUUACUCCUUCUUCUGCUUCCAGUUUUAUUUCAGAUUCUGUUUUUCAAUCCCAUGCUUCUACUGGCAGGAGUCUGCUUCAGGCUAAGAAAGCCUGCCCAGUAAGCUUUGAGUUUAUGAAUUAUACAGUCAUCACAAGCCAAUGUAAAGGACCCCAGUAUCCUCCUGAUCGCUGUUGUAAAGCAUUUAAGGACUUCGCUUGCCCUUACGUGGAUGUUUUGAAUGACUUGACCAGUGAUUGUGCAUCAACCAUGUUCACCUACAUUAACCUCAAUGGGAAUUACCCUCCUGGUCUUUUUGCUAAUGAGUGCCAGGAAGGGAAGGAGGGGCUUGCGUGCCCUGCAACACCACCAUCACAACCAGCUAAUGAUAGUGGAAGUCAGAUUAUUCGUGAGCCAGUCCUGCUGCUGAUACUCACAUCUAGCUUUCUAGUGCUGUUAGUUAAAUUGUUUUGAGGGCUCAAAAUGUUGAUUCUAUUUUUAUUCUCCAAUUAUUGUUUUUCUUUUCUUUUUAACCAUGAAAGAGCUCAGUGCCUUUGAAUUUUCAUUGUGCUAGAGUUAAAAGCAUUCAUUAGGCAUUCCAAAAAUUAAUUUUUAUAUUGGUUUGUGAUUUGUCACUCCCAAGUGGUAUUACGGCUUGGUUGUAUCGAGUAAUGAACUAUUCAAUUUAAACCUCUAUGUACUUCAACAUUUAAAUACAAGGGCCCUCCAUUUUACUUGUUGAACAA